AAAUCGGGACGACGGCCAACAAGGCGACAAGCAAUUAUAGAAUUGGAUUGGAUCGAGGCGUUCGAGGAGGCUCGCGACGCCGGUUUCGUUUUAUUUUAGCUUAGCUUUCGAAGGCAUCCGGUUGUGCAUUCUCAUCGCGGAUCAUCGCGACGAUUGCAGAUCGACGGGUCGACGAACAGUUGAUAAAAAGGGAGCGCAACACCAACCGUCAUCAUGGAGGCGAUAAAGAAGAAAAUUGCGGCGUUGAAGAUGGAGAUGGACGCCGCGAAUGAAAAGGUCGAGACGAACGAGACCAAAGCUAAAUUGGAGAAUCUACGCGCGGAUAAGCUGAACGACGACGUGAGGGAUCUGCAAAAAAAACUGGCUCAGCUCGAGCGGGACUAUGAAGUUGCUAAGGCUAAUUUGGAGCAGUCUACAUCCGAUUUGGAACAAUGCGAGAAAUCGUGGUCUAGGGCGGAGCAAGAUCGUACUGUCCUGACGAAAAAGGUACAAGAAAUUGAAGCAACGCUCACGAAGAAGGAAGAACUGCGUCUUACUGCUCAGACGAAACUGGGACGCGCGUCAGAACUUGCUGACGAUGCACGAAGAAUGUGCAAAGUAUUGGAAGACAGAAGUCGGCUCGACGAGGAACGUAUGGAGAAACUGAUGCAGGAACUAAAGGAUGCUAGGUUGAUCGCCGAAGAUGCAGAUUCCAAGUCCGACGAGAUCUCGAAGAAAUUGCAGUUCGUUGAAGAGGAACUGGAGGGAGCUGAAGAAAGAGUGAAGAGCAGCGAAGCGAAAAUCGUAGAACGCGAGGACGAGCUGUUCAUCGUACAAAACAUCGUUAAAUCCUUAGAAGUAUCCGAGGAGAAGGCCAAUCAACGAGUAGAGGACUUCAAGGUACAACUGAAAGAGCUGAAGAAGAAGUUGAGGGGAGCCGAGAAACGUGCCAUUCUCGCUGAGAGGACAGUGAAGAAUCUGUUGAAGGAAGUGGAUAGGAAAGAAGAUGAACUUAGAGAAGAAAAGGAAAAGUACAAGGCGGUCUGCGACGACAUGGACGCCACGUUCGCGGAAAUGACCGGAUAUUAAGGAUCCGGAACGGAUGGAGUUUCACUUAUUUUGUUAUUCUGUGCUUUUUCCGCUUGUUUGCUACAUUUAACAUGGCCGCCAUGCUUCGGACUUCGGUCGACUGCCUACAGCUAUGCCGACUUGACACGUUCUAGCGUAUCGCGGAUGAUUCAGGAGCUUAAUGAUUCAUUUGCUACGAGGAUUACAUAAUUAACAGGCGAAUAAAUGAUCGUACAACGCUAGUUUCUUAAUACGAAGACGAAGUAGCUUACGCUGAACCGCUUUGCUUCGCCUAACGCCUUGAUAAUGCUUAACUGGUUGCUGCUAAUCGGACCUGUCUCAGAAACGAUAGUAUUCCUUGUUUUUCUUUCUUUUUUUUUUGGAUAGAAUUAACGAUAGAUCAUGUAUUUUUCUUUCAGACAUUUCGAAAGGGAUAUCGCGAUACUUGAAAACAAGCACGACUCUGUGCCCCCUUUUUAUCAUUGUAUAACGAAUCCGAAUUUUCAA